UAUUCAUUUAUCCAGGGUUUACCCUCCUCCUUUUUUUCUUCAGCAAUUUUAAAAUCCACAUUCUUUCCCGUUUUAAUUUAUUUUUUGCUUCCCGUUCCCCGCUUAAAUCGGGCCGACCGUUUGGGGAGAUUGCUCCUUUACUUCCCCAAAUCACUUCGGAUUUUGGAAACCAGCAGAGAGAAGAAAGAGGUAGCAAGAGCUCCAGAGAGAAGUCGAGGAAGAGAGAGAGAGACGGGGUCAGAGAGCGCGCGCGGGCGAGCGAGCAACGACAGGGACAGGGGCAAAGUGAGUGACCUGCUUUUGGGGGUGACCGCCAGAGCGCGGCGUGAGCCCUCCCCCUCGGGAUCCCGCAGCGGACCAGCAGCGCUGACGGACAGACAGACAGACACCGCCCCCCGCCCCAGUGCCCACCUCCUCCCCGGCCGGCGGCCGAGGGUGGACGCGGCGGCGAGCCGCGGGCAAGAGCCGGAGCCCGCGCCUGCAGGCGGAGUGGAGGGGGUCGGGGCUCGCGGCGUUGCAGUGAAACUUUUCGUCCAACUUCUGGGUUGUUCCCGCUCCGGAGGAGCCGUGGUCCGCGCCGGGGCAGCCGAGCCGAGCGGAACCGGGAGAAGUGCUAGCUCGGGCCGGGAGGAGCCGCAGUCGGAGGAGGGGGAGGAGGAAGAAGAGAAGGAAGAGGAGAGGGGGCCGCGGUGGCGACUCGGCGCUCGGAAGCCGGGCUCAUGGACGGGUGAGGCGGCUGUGUGCGCAGACAGUGCUCCAGCCGCGCGCGCGCCCCAGGCCCUGGCCCGGGCCUCGGCUCCAGGAGGAAGAGGAGACAGCCUAGGCGCCGAAGAGAGCGGGCCGCCCCGCAGUCCGAGCCGGAGAGGGAGCGCGAGCCGCGCCGGCUCCGGCCGGGCCUCCGAAACCAUGAACUUUCUGCUCUCUUGGGUGCAUUGGAGCCUUGCCUUGCUGCUCUACCUCCACCAUGCCAAGUGGUCCCAGGCUGCACCCAUGGCAGAAGGAGAGCACAAACCCCACGAAGUGGUGAAGUUCAUGGACGUCUACCAGCGCAGCUACUGCCGUCCCAUCGAGACCCUGGUGGACAUCCUCCAGGAGUACCCCGACGAGGUCGAGUACAUCUUCAAGCCGUCCUGCGUGCCCCUGAUGCGGUGUGCGGGCUGUUGUAAUGACGAGGGCCUGGAGUGCGUGCCCACCGAGGAGUUCAACAUCACCAUGCAGAUUAUGCGGAUCAAACCUCAUCAAGGCCAGCACAUCGGGGAGAUGAGCUUCCUACAGCAUAGCAAAUGUGAAUGCAGACCAAAGAAAGAUAGAGCAAGGCAAGAAAAAAAAUCAAUUGGAGGAAAGGGAAAGGGGCAAAAAAGAAAGCGCAAGAAAUCCCGGUAUAAACCCUGGAGCGUUCCCUGUGGGCCUUGCUCAGAGCGGAGAAAGCAUUUGUUUGUACAAGAUCCGCAGACCUGUAAAUGUUCCUGCAAAAACACAGACUCGCGUUGCAAGGCGAGGCAGCUUGAGUUAAACGAACGUACUUGCAGAUGUGACAAGCCCAGGCGGUGAGCCGGGCUGGAAGAAGGAGCCUCCCUCAGGGUUUCGGGAACCAGACCUCUCACCAGGAAAGCCUGAUUCAGAACGCUACAGAAACCACGCCGCCGCCACCACCACCACACCAACCAUCGCCAUCACCAGAACAAUCCUUAAUCCAGAAACCUGAAAUGAAGGAAGAGGAGACUCUGCGCAGAGCACUUUGGGUCCGGAGGGCGCGACUCCGGCAGAAGCAUUCCCGGGCAGGUGACCAAGCACGGUCCCUCUUGGAAUUGGAUUGCCAUUUUAUUUUUCUUGCUGCUAAAUCACCGAGCCCGGAAGAUUAGAGAGUUUUAUUUCUGGGAUUCCUUAGACACACCCACCCACAUACAUACAUUUAUAUAUAUAUAUAUAUUAUAUAUAUAAAAAUAAAUAUAUAUAUUUUAUAUAUAUAAAAUAUAUAUAUUCUUUUUUUAAAUUAACAUUGCUAAUGUUAUUGGUGUCUUCACUGGAUGUAUUUGACUGCUGUGGACUUGAGUUGGGAGGAGAAUGUCCCUAUCCAGAUCCCAACAGGGAAGAGGAUGGGAGGGGGGUACUCUGGCGUGAUCUUUUGGUCCCUCUUACGAAGGCCAGGGUCCCCUUCCCUGCCCAGGAACGUGCGUGGCCAGGGCACAGGGGGCAAAUUUGGCCUGCUUUUGGGAACACCGACAAACCCAGCCCUGGCCCCAAGCCUCUACCCCGAGUCAAAUGGACAGACGACAGGUACAGGGACGAGGACACUGGCUCUGACCCGGAGUUUGGGGAGCCUCAGGACACUGCUGUACUUUGGGGAUCCUCUCCGCAGCCUGCACGGGCAUUCUGCCCCCAGGGGCACUGCCUGGAAGAUUCAGGAGACAGGGCAGCCUUCACCUACUCUUCUUUCGCUCGCUCCCGAGAUGCCCAGGGUGCCGCCGCCGACAGACGUCCUGGCGAAAAGAAGAGAGACAUUGGUGGAGGAAGGGUCUCCCGCCUUGGCCUUCUCCCCGUUCCCCUUCCCGGGUGCAGCCCAGGAGGGCCUGAUGUCCUCAGACCAUUGAAACCACUAGUUCUGUCCCCCCAGGAGACCUGGCUGGCUGUGUGUGAGUGGUUCACCCUCCUCUGUUCCCAGACCUGACCCUUCCCGCGGCACAGAGAGACAGGGCAGGAUCCACGUGCCCACCAUGGAGGCAGAGAAAGUGUUUUAUAUAUGGUACUUAUUUAAUAUCCCGUUUUAAUUAGAAAUUAAAACAGUUAAUUUAAUUAAAGAGUAGGGUUUUUUUCAGUAUUCUUGGUUAAUAUUUAAUUUCAACUAUUUAUGAGAUGUAUCUCUCUUGCUCUCUCGCUCUCUUAUUUGUACUGGUCUUUGUGUUUGAAGAUUCAUGUUUCCAAUCUCUAGCUCCCCUGAUCGGUGACAGUCACUAGCUUGUCCUGAACAGAUAUUUAAUUUUGCUAACACUCAGCUCUGCCCUCCCCUUUCCCCUGG